UUGAAGAGUUAGUCGCUUCCCGUUUAUCAAACUGGGUCAAAGAUAGGAGUUCUACUAUCAGUUUGGAGCCGUAACUUUAAAUUGACAGACAUAAUGACAAGAAGGGCACUUUUUUAUCAGAUAUAGCAGCUCAUGUUUAGUUUACAGAGGAUGAAAAAUGGCCACGAACAGCAAAUUUCCACUUGGGCUUCCUGCGUCAUCCCCAGAAGGCGGUCGCGAACACUUCCUCACUUGUCCCCUCUGCCAGAUUUGCCUGGACGAUUUUGAAGAUCCGCGAAUGCUACCAUGUUUCCACACCUUCUGUUUCAAGUGUAUAUCGAGUUAUGCAAAGAAUAAUGGCGGCAAGUCAAGUUUCCUAUGCCCUGUUUGCCACGAAAAAGUCCCGGUGCCACACGGGGGAAUGAAGAAACUUCGCAAGAACUUUUUGUUAAAGAACGUGACAGACUACGUACCAGAGAGGCUCGACCCAAACCACCUGCCAUGCCAUCUAUGUUGUCAGCACAGGUGUCAUAAAUGCCACAAAGUUAUGACCCCAGUGAAUCACAUAGCAACUGACCUCCCCUCUGCCGCCUCUAACGGCAGUCUAUCUCCAGUGAGGAAGCCAGCUAGUAGUCCCACACCUACCAGUACCAACGGAUGCAGAGAACAUGCUGCUGCUAGUGCAGACAAAGCAGCUGACGAACACAAGGAUAAGAUGAAGAGUUUAGCAGAUCAGAUACAAGGGAACAUUCCCUCGGUUCAGCUCCAGCUGGACACGGCGUCCAGCCAGACAGGCGUUGUAGACCUCAGCCAACAAAAGCACAGCAUUCUGGUCCCAGACAUUGAGGCUCACACCAAAAAACUGCACAGCAUUGUGGAAGAGCAUACCAAGAAUCUUGUGGCAAGAGUCAACUCCAUCUACGACACCGAGACUGAGAUGCUGAAUAAGAUGCAGGACAAGAUAGAUGCCCAUAAAGCCAAUGUUGACCAUGUCGUCCAGUAUGCUGAGAUAUUGACGAAGUUUGGCUCUGACUCCGAAAUCAUCCAACAAAAGCCAAUGCUUGAGAACAGAAUGAAGGAACUGAUGGAGGAUGAAGUGUGCCAGCCAGACUAUAUGGACAAGUGUCGGUAUAAUGCUAAAGAACUCUCAGAGAAGGCAAUAGACGAUGCAUUUGAGGAUAUCACCAGGAAGCUUGCAGCAGUGAAGUAUUCCCCACCCAUGAAGAGAAGGCAGUUGGAGUUUGAAAUCAAUGAGAUCAAUCCACACCUGUUUCCCAUGGAGAUCAUCGUUCCCUUUCGAGUUCCGUCAACACGCACCGUUGUUGUGAAAGAACUGCCAUGUCAGACAAUCAACACAGCACUUUUCAAUGAUCGUUUAGGUUGUGAGCUGGAUGGUAUCGCAGUGGAUCCCAACAACGAUGACAUAUACGUGGUGGAUCGCAUCAACAGUUGUGUGAAGCUCUUCACAGCCAGUGGCCAAUACAAACUGCAGAUAAAUCUGAGGGCAGCCAUCCCCUACCCGAGUAGAAUUGCAGUGGUUGAGAAUGGGAACAUUGCCGUUGGCUGCUGCAGCACCCUUGUUGGUCUCCCUUGUGAAAUUAGAAUUCUUUCUGUACCCGCUGCCAAGAACGAACUGUCCAUCGCAAUGAGCAAUAUCAGAGACUUUAAACAGGGUCGAAGGGGGCUGUUCCUUGUGCUGAAAGUGGAUACGGCCAUCAGGAAGAUCUACGUCUUCAAACGAGAGAAGGUAAAAAAAGCAAUGGACAUUCCUCCAGAGAUCAAAGAUCCCUGGGACAUGGGCGUUGACAGAAAAACCGGCAACAUUCUUCUCUCGGACAUGCAGCACUGCGUCUGGAUCCUGGACCAACACGGGGAUAUCCUGUCACACUACGGGGUAAUUGGGAUCAGUGGUUCCACUAACCACAUGCUGUACAGACCAACUGGACUGUGCGCUGACCAACAUGGACACAUCCUGGUGGGGGACUCGCGUAAUGCCAGGAUUGUGAUGCUGACACCCAAGGGAGAGCUGAUGCAUAAUGUUGCCACCAGGGGGAACCUGGCCGGCCCUCUAGCUGUCGCAGUGAACAAGUGGGGCCAGUUGCUGGUGACCGACUGUGAUGGAAAGGCCACGGUGAAAGUGUUUAAAUACCUGAUGUAAAGGACAAUCACUGGUAUUUAAUAUAUAAUAAUAAUUGUACUUGACAAUGCCAUACAAUGACACCAGGCUUUAUAUCUGAAUAGAUGUUAACCCCUUAAAUAAUUAUUUGUUUGAUGUCCAAGACAUUCAUAUGAGUAUUGAUAUAAAGCUUUUUGUUAGAACUUGACAUUUAUCAUUCAUUUUCUCCUUAUAGCAGCAUAUUUGCCUUACACUGAGAGAGAAUUUGUAUUUUGUAUACUUACAUAAUUAUUCAAGAAUUGCAAGUGUGAUCCAUGUGGAAUAUAAUAUUAUGUUUUCCUAGUUUAUGUCAGAGUGCUUUGUAAAUAUUGAUGCCAAGCAAUAUAUAUGUCUUGAACAGAGUGAUGUAUAUAUCUUUAUCAAUAUGUAAUUUACAUCCUUGAAAGUUUUAAAAUGGAAGCCAAUAGCUACUAGUAUAUAUUUAUAUAUUCUCUGCUUAAUAUUUCAUGUUGGAAUGCAUUAAGAUUAUUUAACGAUUAAUUUACAUGUUUGUAAUUUUUAAAAUGGAAGCUAAUAGCUACUAGUAUAUAUUUAUAUAUUCUCUGCUUAAUUUUUCAUGUUGGAGUGCAUUAAGAUUAUUUAACGUCAAAUUGUGAUCUAUUUAUUAAUAAUUUUUAUGUGAAGAUAAUCAGUUUUUUGUGCACUUAGAAAUGUUUAUAUCUAAGAGUGAUAUUUGAGGAUACUGUUAUUAUACAGUUUUGUUUGUAUUUUACUCUCACUGUAAUAACAAAUAUUCUUCUCAUUCUUUCAUGCAAAUGUAUAAUAUAGCAACAAUCACUGUGCCAUUGCAUCACAAUUCUACAUUUAAUAUUACUUGUGCCAUAAAAUUAUUUUUAUACAUUGAUUUUGUUGAUAAUUAAUGUGCUUUCAUUUGAUGAAAACAGCACAGGAAAGAGCCAUUCCAAUAAAGUUGAUUGUCAAAUCCUUAAUGUUAUUUAUUUAUGUUCUGCACUCAGGAUGUUCUAAAUACUGGCACAGAUAGGUGUUUAUUAGUAAAAUUUGUACCUUUGAAGAAAAAUGGUGAAAGUGGAGUGUUAUUAAAGUGCUGUAAAGUGUAACAGUACAUUUUCUUUCCUUUAAUUUGCAUUACACAAAAUGUUCUGCAUUCAAAAUUGGCAAUCUGAGAUUGAGCUAACUCCAUCGAAUUUGAAAUAUUUUAUUACAAUUAUUCAUUCAUUCAUUUAUUUAUUUGUUAUUUACUUGUUUAUUCCUUGCGAAGUUCACCUUUACAAGACAGGCAUGGCAGAUGGGGGAAAAAGCUUUCCUUGGUGUAAUGCCUCAUGCUGGGUUAUUAUUAUCUACACAUGUGGGACACUGUUUCCUACAUUAUGUGGGUUAUCACACAGAUUGUGUCUCAGGUCACUUCACAUAACAUGAUUCCACUCCAAGGCCUUAAACUGGCUGAUAAUAUUCCUGUUAAAACCUCUGUGAUCAAUUUUGGCACAGAAAGCCCUGUUCUGCUGAAUUGAACAAUCACAUUGAUAAAAGCAGCAUUUGUUUAACUAAUCUAUUAGUUAUAUAUAAUACUUGAUAUAAAUGAUAUAAAAUCAAAC